AAUUCUUGUCAUUUUAUUCGUCUACAAUUAAUUUCAUAACGUUUUUAAAAAAGAAAGUAUAAGAAUGUUAUAUUAACGUAAAAGUACAAUUGGCUCAUUAGCUCAGUUGGUUAGAGCGUCAUGUAUUUUACUUUAACAAUUAUAUAUGUAUCUAUUUUAAAAUAUUUAAAUUUAAUUGAAUUGUAAAGAAAUACAAUAGCACUUGGAAAUAAAUAUUUAGAAAAUCGCGAAUAAAUAAAUCUUACUUUCUCGGUAUAUUUCUUUUGAAUCUUUAUAAGAAAUAAUUGUGAAUAUUUUCGCACUGCAAAAUUCACAUCUUUUUGUUUCAUCGUCUGCUAAAUAUAAAAUACAUAUUUUUGAACAUGUGAUUGAACGCGGGACGUAUUUUAUCUUAAAUGGCAUCUUUUUGGUCCAGGCUCCAAAUUUUCAGUUUACUCUCACUAAAUAAUAAAUAUAACCUCCGGUUGAAGCAACAUUCGUGGCAUUACGCUAAGUCUGUCUGUUUAAAGAAAAAGGAUUAUAACAGGAGAUCGAUAUCAACUCUAUCGAAGAGAUCUGAGCGUUAUUAUGGAUUAAAGAAAAAGACGCGGGGUACUUUGAGCUUUCAAACGGCAUUAUCGACAAAAACGAAGAAGUUUGCGGAACGGAAGUCGACCCUUUGGGAAUACGUGUUUGGUCCUAAGAGAUCCUCAAAGAAUCACCUGGCCGAACGUCAGGAACAAACGCGUUGCGAGGAGGAUUCGCGUUGUCAGGCGAUACCGGGAAAUGUGCUGGUCUAUACCGAUUCGGCUAAAUCAGCGAAAGACUCGAGAAGACUCGUAGAGCCACAGCCUAAACCACCACCAUUGUAUAAAUUGCCUAGAGCUGUAUUGCUGAACAGAGCGAUGGCGGAAGGUUUCGUUGAGAAAGGCGACUGCGAGAGUAAGAUGAUAACAUCUACAGCAUCCAGAAAAAUGUACGAAGAAAUGAGGCCGGCUUCAAAUACCAAAGGGAUCGCCGAGUAUCGAGAGAACGUUAUUAGACCGUCGGUGGAUGUUAAACCGCAUGAGAAAUCGACAUCUCAUCGGGUGUCGAUACCAAUAAACGCUCACGUUGCUACGGCGAAGAUAUUGCGCCAGGCGAUGUCGCGGGAAGAGCCACGAAUACACUCGAGAAUCGAGCAACUCAAAAUUUUAGUGAAUGAGAAAAUCACCAAGUCCCACAACGUAUGACGCGAAUAAUAGAUCCGUAAUGUAAAAUUUCUGAUGCAGGCUAAAUAAGCGAUGUACAUACAAAUUGAUAUACAGGGUGGCUCAUUUUGAUGAAGUAUCCUCUAUUAAAUUAGGUAUAAUAGAGACCGUUGAUCAUGUACUCGUUCACGAUUUUUUUUCAACAUGUUGCCAUUUGAUUUCUCACAAAACCGCAGUCGUUUAAUUUAUAUUCUAGAAUGUUCAAGGUAUUAUUUUUGAACCCGAUUGGACCGAUGCCAUUAAAAUGGCAAUCAUUAAAAAUCGACUGGGUCAAUACGACCCAUCAGUGUGACUACCGCGGGAUUCUAGAGAAGUGUGACUACGAAGGGUUAAUCUAGAUUAUCAUCUUCUCCCUCCCUUUAAUAACCCAAAUAAUUUUUAAUAAUUUAAAUAUUUUUAAAUGAUAUUCCAGUGGAUAAAUUAAAAUGAGCCACUCUGUAAGUAUAACGGAUAAUAAUAAUAAAAACGUUUUCGUGAGAUCUUCUGCUCGACUCGACGAGUCGUAUCAUUUAAACUAAUUAAAUUAAAGACCUGUAUGCAAUAAAUAAAUUAUUCUUUUGCACUUUCAAAUUUGGUUAAAAAACGGCUCCGAAGGAACGUAUAAAUUUGUUGCGUACUCAAGCUC